CGCACUCAGAACCCGGCAGCAUUCUUAUUUUAGCGGUAGAACAGCAUGGAGAACAUGUUACAGUUCAUGAAACUAGUAGGGCAGUUAAAGCGUGUUCCAAGGACAGGUUGGGUCUACCGGAACGUAAAGCAGCCUGAAAGUGUGUCUGAUCACAUGUACAGGAUGGCGAUGAUGGCACUAACACUACAAGACCCCAGUGUAAACAGAGAGAGAUGCAUGAAGAUGGCAUUGGUCCACGACCUGGCCGAGUGCAUAGUGGGAGACAUCGCUCCUGCCGACAAUAUCAGCAAAGCUGAGAAACACAGAAAAGAAAAGGAGGCAAUGGUUCACAUCACAGGUCUGCUAGAUGAAGAUCUGCGGAAGGAGAUGUACAGGUUGUGGGAGGAGUAUGAGACUCAGUCGAGUCCUGAGGCCAGGGUGGUGAAAGAGCUGGACCAGCUGGAGAUGAUCCUUCAGGCUCACGAAUACGAGGAGUUGGAGGGGAACCCGGGCAGAUUACAGGAGUUCUUCAACUCCACUGAAGGCCGUUUUCAUCACCCGGAAGUCCUCGCACUGGUAAAAAGCUUAAACGAAGAACGAGCACGUCACAUGACCAAAGCAGGAGAGACAGGAUCGGAGAAAUCAGCAGAAGUGAACUGCCACCCGACAACCAAGGACACAUCAUGAGCUGAGCGUUAGACAUCAGGGCCGUACUGUACUGUAUUUUAUAGUUCAGAUUAGAUUUUUCACCAUCCAGGAUCCACCUGGAACAAAUUUACUGUUAGGUGUUUUCUUCAGAACAAAUCUUCAAUUUUUUUUGUAUAAGAAGUGAAAUGAUACUCCUAGAAAUUCACAGUGGUAAUGAAUGCUGUGGUAUGACAAUGAAACAAAUUGCUUUGCCUGUAAAUGCAUAAUCCUGUCUACUUAUGGUUUAUUAUCUGCUGUGAUCCUCGGCAAGAUCCUUCCACCAGGACCACCAGGACCUCUUCUGAGUUACAGUGUUUAGUUCGCUAUAUAACGCUUCCUAUUUAAAUCAUAUUUAAUCAGCACGCCAGUUCUGAUUAUGCAGGUUCUAGUUUGACGAUCAGUUGUUAUACUUGUAUUCCGAUUUUGAAUUGAGAAUGAUGUCUCACAGACGUAUUUUAUUUUGGUGUGUAUCGCCUUGGUUUAAAACACAAGAUUUCAGUCUUUAGUUAUGAAAAUAAAAUGAAAUCCUGUGGGUUAUUUGUUUAGUUUUAAGUGGGACAGCUCAAACAUGCCAAAAGUUUAGUAAUCAUACAUCUGCAUGCACGAUAGUUUUAUCUGUAACAAAAUGGCAAAUUAAAGUGAGUGCAAAGUA